CAGCCCGGUCCGUGACAGCCCACUUUUCUUUUCCCCCCUCUCGUGCGCGAGGACGAACUCAUGACACACACACGCAAAACCACGCACAUACACCCAGGCACACACAGAUUCCAAUAAAAGUUUAGCUCAAGCGUAGGACUGUCGUUGAUGCAGGCGAGCAUGGCCGGCGGUUCGGUGUCGGAGUGCAAGGAGUACUUGUUCAAAGUGCUGGUGAUCGGGGAAUUGGGCGUGGGCAAGACGAGCAUCAUCAAGCGGUACGUGCACCAGCUCUUCUCCCAGCACUACCGAGCCACCAUCGGUGUGGACUUCGCUCUCAAGGUCCUCAAUUGGGACAGCAAGACGCUCGUCCGGCUGCAGCUUUGGGACAUUGCAGGUCAGGAACGCUUUGGAAACAUGACGCGGGUGUACUACAAGGAGGCGGUGGGGGCCUUUGUGGUUUUCGACGUGACCAGGGGCUCCACGUUCGAGGCCGUGUCCAAGUGGAAGCACGACUUGGACAGCAAGGUGAAGCUGGCCAACGGCAGCCCCAUCCCCUCAGUACUGCUGGCCAACAAGUGCGACCAGAAGAUAGAGGGAUAUAACAACACGACGCUGAUGGACAAUUUCUGCAAGGAGACGGGCUUCCUGGGCUGGUUCGAGACAUCGGCCAAGGACAAUAUCAAUGUGGACGAGGCGGCCAAAUUCCUGGUGGAGAACAUCUUGGCCAAUGACAAGGGCUUGCCGUACGAGGAGAGCAACGGAGACCGCAUCAAACUGGACCAGGAGACUGUGGCGGCGGAGAGCAAACCGGGCUGUUGCUAACACUCGGCGCACACUAACGGGAACACAGUUCCGCCACGCUGCCCCCAAGCUGGGGCGGGAAUGCUUUCGGAAAGCUCCAGGAGAUUUAAUGGUUUAAUUUUUUUGAUAUCUUGAUGGUCCCCAAAUAGCUUCUGAGUCUCUAUCUUCAAACCACUUUACUGUUUAUUCCACCAUUAACAAUUGAUCCUAGCCUCUAAAUACUUGAAGUUGGCUCAUCCAUUGGCUCUGGACUUUACCUGACGACAAGGGCUGGGGCUAUUUUUUGAUUAUUAUGAUGAUUACGUUAGACAACCGGCAGAGCCAUGCUGCCUUUUAUUUGUGUUUGUGUUUGUGUGUGAAUCACUUCAGUUUUGAGUGUUUUCCACUCUGUACGCAGAAGGGCUAUAAAGCCCUUUUUUUAAAGUAUUUUACAUUGCACUCUUGUUUAUGUCGCUCUGCAUUCGAUUUUACUACUGCGCCACAGUUAAGCAUUAACACUGUUAUUGUGCUGUUUGUAUAGCUGUAAAAGUGAUUUGUACAGCAGUUCUGACAUAUUUUGCUGUAUUUGCCGCCCAAAAAAUGCCUAUGCAAUUGAAUAAAUAGAUCCUCACUCCAACAA